GUCGGGAUCUACACCUUCUCUGUUCUGCUGGAUUACUGACUCCAGACAUGAUGCUCAUCUUUGGACUGAUGCUUUUGCUGGAAACGGCUGCAUGUGUGGAGGUUAACUGCAGUUUUGAUCAGUCUGGUCCCUGUUCCGCUGCUCUCGGAGACAAACUCAGACUGAAGUUGGUGGACGCUAGUAAAUAUAACCUGAAGAUACAAAAGAGAAACUACAACACACAAGAUGAUCCAGUUUGUAAAAUAAAGGAUGACACGAUGAAGGAAUGUGAUCUCUUUAAUAACAGAUAUGAUAAAGUGUCAGUCAAAAAUGGGAUUCUGGUAAUAAACUCUGUGAUCAGAGCAGAUUCAGGGAAUUACAGAUUACAAGUCUUUGCCUCAGACGGCACAGAAACAUCUAGAGAUCUUCAAGUGAUUGUUGAAGGGGAAGAUCCUGCAAUCAUUGCCAUCGUUCUGGGAUGUCUCGCUGUAGUUCUUAUACUUCUGGUCAUCGUGGCGUAUUACUUUUACAAGAAGAAGAAUCAGCUCAAACCCACAAGAAUUUCAGAUCAUGUGAAUGAACACGACGCUCAGAAGAGAGAGGAAGAACAGAAGAGACCAGAUGUAGAAUAUGCCACCGUCAACUCUCAGAACAACAAGAACAAGAGGAAGAAGAAGAUGAAGGAAGAAGAGGUUCAUUAUGGAGAAGUGACGUUCACCAGCUCCAGCGUUCAGCGGCCGCGUCAGACGCACGAGGAUUGUGUGUAUUCUGAGGUUCACACACGCUAGUGUGAAACGACCACGAACCCACAGACUGCGAGUGUGAAAACACAACGGCCCAGUUGCGAGCGGACUAUGAUGCAAUGCUCCGGUUAUUGA